AGUUUCUUGCCUCGGCCCAAAUUACAACAUCAAUAUUUUUUAGUUACAAAAUUUUGGAAAAAUUUUUCCCCAAAUCAGUCAAAAUCGCAAAUCAUCUAAUUGGGAAACACAUUUCGCAUGAUGGCCUUGCCGCGCAGCUUGAUUUAUAUGUUUGAAUUUGUGAUUGAUGAUCUGCUGAUAACGAAACAGAAUCUGUGCGCGCCCGAGGAGUAUCCCACUUGUGUGGAGAUCACGUUCCGUUCGAAUGUCUUCCUCAGCAUCUGCGAUCGCGAGUUUGGAACCUGUGUGAAUCCCAAGCAGUGCAAGUGCGGCAAGUGUGUAAUCUUUGCGCUCGAUUCGCCGAUCACCGACAAGGAUCGCCUGCUGAUACAUGUGUAUAAGAAGAAAACGAAUCGCUGCAAGUUCCUCAUCGGAUUGACUGAGUUGCCGAUGAAGCCAAUAUUCGAUCGUGUAAAGGAAUCCUUUGAUGCGGAGAACAUUAACUGGGACAAGAAUUGGGUGGAACAGCUGCAGGAUUUGCCCAAAAUGAAGGGUCCCAACAAGGAUGCGUUGGAUAAUUGCUCCUGCUAUGAUACCGGUUAUGAGCGACGCGAACAACUCUGUCCCACAUCGGAGCUAACGAAGCGACUGUUGCCACUCUUUAAUCUCUGCAAGCAGCAGACGGGCAACAUGGUGCUGAUCAUGCGGCUCCUGUGCAAUGGUCCAGUAAUCGUGUCUCAGUUUUCAUUGAAUCAUUCGAUCUGCUCAAGGAAUCCCGUAUGUCCGCCGCCAUGCUGUGAGCCAUGUCCACCGAAACCGUGUCCAACUCCAUCGUGUCCAUCAUGUGGCAAGAUAAAGGUGUGUUGCGAUCCCCCGCCAUGCUGUCCCGAAGAUCCAUGCGAUCCCUGCUGCAAUGCCACUGGUAACACUAAUGCAACCGGUGGUCCCAUGGACACCAGCAAGAAGUGCUGUAAGGGCAGGUGUCCGCCCUGCCCACCGCCACAGUGCGUGCAGCCCGAUCCUUGCUACUUACCCUCGCCAGCAUCCAUGAAGCAGAAAUGUCUGCGCUAUUUUGCCUGCAAUUUGGACAAAAUGUGUCCCUGCGAAUACUGUGAGGAUGAGUUCGAUCGCGAAUGUCCCACUGUGCCGUCUAAGCGUCGUUGCAAGUCGGAGAUUGAGCAGCGUUUGGAGCCUUGUGGUCCAUGCAGCGGCGUUCCUGCCCAUCCUCGUUACAUACAGGUGCAAAAACAGAAGGACAUGGAGACUGUGCGCAAGGACAAGCAGACGCAGGACAAGGAAAAGAAGAAGAGCAAGGGUCGCCAGACCGGUGGUUGCGAUGACGAUUGGCUGCCAAACGGGAAAGAUAUCUUUGGUGGCAAUUCGGUACCAGCUCAUGGCGCCGGAUCCAAUGAUCCUUGCGGCCACUGCUGUUCGGAUUAUACAAGUUGCUGUGACUUGGCGCGCAAUCGAGCAAUAAGACAAUUGCGACACUUGUUGGUCAAAUACAACAUCCAGGUUUAGUAGGUCAAAACAUUUUGAAAGUCAUCAAGGAAGGCCGAUCGUACAAUCAAAUCAAAUAUUUAAACCUUAAGCAAGUCAAGUGUAAAGAGUGUUGUCAAUGCCAAAGCGAAUACAAUUCGUGUUUAACAAAGCCAAAGCUGUGCGACUCGUCUCCAAAGAGCUUGCCCAAAAGAUCCAUCCGUAAUGAUAGCCAACCGAAUGUGCCGGUUUCAACAAGGAACAGCAAACUGUGAAGUUUUGAAAGGUGUGCAUCAAGGCUGCCGUCGAACUGAUCUUGUGAUUUCAAUAAGUUCAUUCCUGACAUGCUGCAGCACAGCAGCUUGGUCCAUUAAAUGAUUUUCGAAACUUUUUCGCGA